AUGUCAUCUUCCAACCCUCCACGGGAGGUCCCCUGGCUCAUCUGGGUCGUGGCUAUCUUCGGCUCCGUCUCAUCCGCGGGCUUUGGCUUCGAUCAGGGCUGGUGGGCAAGUAUGAUGAGUUCGACGCAAUUUACCCGUGUCUUUGGCUCCUACGACCCAGCCCAGCAGGCCUGGUCCCUCAGCGAUCGACAGCAGUCCCUCGGCACGGGUCUGGGCUAUGUAGGGGUCAUGCUCGGGUUGGUGUGCGGCACACCACUGAACGAAAAAUUUGGACGACGGAACAGUCUCUGGCUGCAGUCGGCGGUGGUGACUGCUGGGGUCGCCAUUGAAGCAUCCUGCCAGGACAGCUACGCGCAAUUCCUGGUGGGCAAGGCAGUCGUCUACUUCGCCGGUGGCAUCGCUUCGACAGUCAUUCCGGUCUACCAAGGAGAGUGCGCACCUCAGCACCUCCGAGGAAUGAUGACGAGUCUAUACAAUGCCUUCCUGAUGGUAGGCGGCUUUUGUGCCGCCCUUAUCGUCUACCUCUGUCGCCAUGUGCCGAGCGACUGGGCCUGGCGUAGUGUCGUGGUGGCGCAAGUAGCUAUUCCCGCCAUGGGGUGGCUGAGCCUGCCCUUCCUUCCUGAAUCCCCAUACUGGCUACUUCGCCGUGGCCGUCGUGCUGCCGCCAUCACCAGCCUGCGCCGGCUGCAUGCCCUGGAUGCCGCUGCCGCUGAGGCCGAAAUCAUUUCCAUCGAACAACAACUCGCACUGCAGCAACAGCAACAACAAGAGAAGGAGCUCGGAUCCUGGAUGGCCUGCUUCACAGACCCCAUCCACUUCCGUCGGACUCUCAUCGCUGUGGGCGCGCAGAUCUUCCAGCAGGCCCAGGGAAUCUCCUUCGUGGCCAACUAUCAGGCCGUUUUUCUGGAACAGGUCGGAUUCCGCCAGGUCCUCUUAAUGUCGGUGAUUGUCUAUAUCAUCGGCAUAGUCGGCAAUCUGACGGGGAUGUUCAUGGCUGACCGCCUGGGUCGUCGUAACGUGCUCCUCCCGGCAUCCGGCCUCCUCGGAUCUUGUAUGCUGACCAUUGGCGGCCUCACCACCCCCUCCACAUCCUCAUCUUCCCUCUCCAUCGCGGUGGUGGUCAUGCUCAUGCUUUGGACCGCCGUCCGCGAGAAGAUGGUUACGCUGGCGGGGUUUUCGGCGUACGGCACCGGAUUGAUCAUCGUCUUUGUGAAUCCCUACACUCAGUCCGCUAUUGGGGGUAAGGUAGCCUUCAUCUACGGCGCACUGUCCGUUGUCGCGGCGGCAUUUGUGUGGCUGUUCGUACCGGAGACCAAUCGGCGUUCGUUGGAGGAGAUUGACGAGAUGUUCGUCGCCCGAGUGCCACCGCGUGAGUUCGGGAUCUAUCAGUGCCAGAGCGGUGCAUUCGAUGCAGAGAAAACCGUGGAUGGAAAAACAUCAGUGGAUGAAGAAUGUGUCUGA